UUUUAUGAAUUAAAAAAAAAUCAUCGUCUUUCCUAUAGAUUCAAUUUUGUACAAUCUACAGAUUUUUAUAUAUAAAAUACAGAUCAUAAUGCGGCAAAAGAACGAGAAAUCUUCGUAUUUUUAUAACUCCUGAUACGCAUGCGUAAAGCGGAAAUCGCGCGCCAAAACCGAAGCAGUUGUCCACCCGAAUGUUCCAAAUUUCUGCGUUAUUGAUGGUUAUUGGUAAACAACGGUCGUUCUCGAUAGUUCCGCCUGACAUUGUCCGCGUUUAAAUAUAUACGCCUUAUAUGAAGUUUUCUGUGAAUGGAGGGUUCACGAUGUCUCAACACGGAGCUGCUUUGCAAACAUAUAAUCAGGAGCUUGUCAAAUGUUUAGAAGAGAUGAAGGUAAGACGAUUCGAACUUCAAUCUCAGAUAGAAUCCCAGGAGGAAGAGAAGAACAAUUUGCAACGCGAAAUCGAGAAGAUGUCAUGUAAACUUACGCAACUGAACGAUAGCUUAGCAAAAAGAAUUACGGUCAGAAACGAAUACGAUAGAACUAUUGCUGACACUGAGGCAGCAUAUGUAAAGAUUCUAGAGAGUUCCCAAUUAUUGCUAAACAUGAUCAAAAAAGAAGCUGUGAGUCUGGAUCAAACUUUAGGUAAAGCCAAUAUUGAUAAGCAGUACCGAUAAUAAAAUAUAAAAUAGAACUUGACAAAAAAAUUGUGCGGGACCAUAUAUCUAGAAAAUGUAUUUAUUAAAUUAUCAAUGGAAAAAAUUAUCACAAAGACAUAGCUGUUAAUUAAUAAAGUACAAAAUUGUAAAUAUAUUGAUUUUUAAAAUAUACAAGUUUUUUAUA